AACUAUUAUGUUCAGUUCAUGCUGGUUAUAGAGACUUUUUAUUAGAUAUAUGAUAAAGAUAAAGAUAUUUUCCUACGAAAGGUCGCUGGAUGACUGCAGCCGUCAUUUUAAACCGGUUUGAUCGUUUUAAUUGUUCAGCGCAGCUGACUGAGACUCGACUGGAUUGUUGUUCUAUUUGUGUCCGGUCUGUUUAUUUCAGCUCAUCACUACAGCAUGACUUCAGCUUCCACAAAGGUGGGCGAGAUCUUCUCGGCUGCAGGCGCUGCUUUCUCUAAACUGGGUGAACUGACCAUGCAGCUGCAUCCAGUGGCGGACUCCUCUCCUGCAGGAGCCAAAUGGACCGACACGGAGAUUGAGAUGCUGCGUUCUGCAGUUCGCCGCUUCGGUGAAGAUUUGAACAGCAUCAGCUCAGUCAUAAAGGAGCGGACAGUUGCCCAGAUUAAGACCACAGUGAAAAGGAAGCUGUAUGAGGACAGCAGGGUACCUCUCACUGCAGAGUCGCCUAAAAAAACCAUGAAGAAAACCACAGUGAUGCUACCGCCGCCCCCUGCAUCAGUCGCCCCCACCGUUAUCACUGUGCCCACCUCACAGGUCGUUGUGACAACUGGAUUGCAGAGUUCUUCGUCUUUACAACCAGCAAUAAAGAACCCUAAACCAUCAGAUGUGACUCUGAGUGCUUUGAAUGACUCUGACGUGAACAGCGAUUUGGUGGAUAUUGAAGGGCUUGGAGAGGGUUCCACUAAAAAACCAAACUUCGACCAAGAGAGCUUGAAUCUGGACUCCAGUCUUAUAAUGAACUCCAGUGAUCUACCUCUGCUGUCCCGCUGAUCUUCACUUGUCAGGUGCAAGAGGGGAGCAAAGAUGAUCAAGUUUGAUCAUCGCUGUACACCUCGAACACCUUUUCUGCUGUAGGUUCAAACAGCAUCAGAUCUGUACUACAUCGCCAAACAUUCUCUACCCGUGUCAGUGAAGAUGAAGUAAAACAACUGCAUCAAUUAUGUCAACUGCAAUUACGUUUUUAGUGGUUCAUGUUGUGUGAUCUGAUCUGCCCACAGCUGAAAAGGGGUUUACAGGACAGUGGUCAAACUACUUGUAAAAAUACUUCCUUUUUUAAUUAUUAGGCCCUUUUGGCUGAAGUAAAGCUUUGUGAAGUAAUGAAAAUGUGGCAGCACAACAUCAAAAAUAGUUUGAGAAAUAUUUGACCAUUUUCUUUCACUGCCACUGUGUGUUAGGUGCAGCUUCUAUUGUAUGUGUAUAUAUAUAUAUAUAUAUUAUUUUUUACCAUUACAGAAUAAUUAAACGGGUCAGUUCAACAGCAAAUAUAAGACAUGCCUGUUUAAAUUUUAUAUGAACAAAUCGUCUUGUCGUACAACUUCUUGGCUCGGCAUAAAAAGACAGCAUACAAAUCAAUAAAAUGAGUUUUUAUUAUGAUCUUUUUCAUAAGAAUAUAUGGUAUAAUAUACAUUUUAUGGUAAAUGAUAUUUCUUCUCUGAUAAUUGGACAUUCAUCUUGGGCGACUGAGAGGGAAUAAAUGUACUUUUGCUACCAAUAUGUCAAAAAAAUAUCCAUCUUUCACUUAAUUUUUCUGGCUUCCAGAAUAUAUUUACAGCUUGAACAACUGAUAGGCAAAAUCUAUUGGCUUUGGCAUUUCUUUACAAUGUUUUUCGUGCAGUCACAAUCCAUUUAGUUUCUUCACAACACCACUCAAUCAUUUAAGGAGAACAAAGAAAGGACAAAUCACGAUUCUCUCUCUGACACUGAUACAACAGAACCUGUCAUAGUAUGUGUAUGGCAAAAAACUGAAAAAUAAAUGACAUGGUACUUAUUCUAGAUUAUACAAAUGAUUCAGAACAAACAGCUGUCAAGCCUCCCAUUCAGGUUCUUGAUAAAUACCUGGAACUGAUUAUCCCGAUAAACUUGACAUACUAAUUCCAGCAACUUUAAUGCAUAUUGCACAUUUGUAAUCACUUUUAAAGACCCAUAAACAUUGGUAUCAAACUUUGAAAUCUCAAGGACCCCAACAACUGGAAAUUGCAAAUGACAGUGCAAGUAACUUUGGAAUUAAAACUUCAAGACUCCAAAACCUGUAAGGCAUUAUCACUGAAUUAAACACUAAAUGAGUAAAAGUAAAAGGCAAUGACAUUAUAUCAAAGAAUGAGCUGUAUUCCUCCAGAUAUAUGAAUAUGGAAACAGAGGAACGGCUUCAAAUGUCCGAUGUGCAACUUUAGAGACCGACAAGCUGCCGGUGUCCAUUACAAUAAAGACUUUGGGAAUCAAUAAUUGUGACAAUGAAGUACAUACUGCUACCAGAGCCUUUACACAUUCAUAAAUAACAAUGUAACAUGCGCCACAAUCAACAUCAUUUGCAUAAUGCAGUGAAUUAUCUUGGUAAAUUUGCUUUAGAAGGGCUUCCAGUUUAAUUAACUGCAGCAUGUCACUUUUUGGAUGAUGCAUUUUCUUAAUAAAAUCCAUCCAGCUCAAACACCACAAUUAAAGCCACAAUCCAGAACUGCUGCUUUUACACAAAAAUCAGAUCGACUUAAAAGAUCUGAAAAUAUUUCCCAAGUGAAAGGAUUCAAACAAUUAAAACAUUACAAAACAAGACCCAUUACAAUAAAAAGUAAAUAUGAUCCCACUCAUGUAACAGCAACAUUGAUAUCUAACACUGUGCAAAUAGUACAAGAGGAAGAGUAUGAUAUCCACUGAAACCGUGAUUGUAUCAAUGUAGAAACGGUUUAUCGUGUUUUGUAAUGCAACAGCUCAUCCCUUGCAAGUAUCUUAAGUCCUCAAUUUCUGUACAUAAUUCACAACGUAAAAGUCUUGUUUAGGAGGGAAAAACAGUUCAACUAAUGAUUUUGCCUCAGACAGGAUACAUUCUAAGGGUCUAGGUCAGUUUUCGAUGUGGACUUUUAACUGAAAGUGCUUAGCGUAUACUCCAACAACAGAUUGUAGACAAGAGGUGAGACAUUAGUCUUUACAGUACAUGUUUUAAAGGAAUAGUUCAACCAAAAAUUAAGAUUUGCUGAUCAUUUUUUCUCACUCUCAGGCCAUCCAACAUGUAGAAGAGUUUGUUUCUUCAUCGGAACCGAUUUGGAGAAGUUUAGCAUUAAA